AUGAAGGACUACUCAGAGGUCAUCCUGUGUGUGGACGCGACAGAGCUGAGUAAGACAGAGUUCUGCAAUCCUGCUUUCGAACCUGAAUCAGGGCCACCAUGUCCUCCACUAGCCUUCCAGAAAGAUGCCAGCUGCAGCCUCCAAAUCCCCUGGCAUGGUCGGCGUCCCCAGAGGCUGCAGCCCGACUGCCGCUUCUCCUGGUUCUGCAUCCUCCUGCUGGCCGGCCUGCUGCUACUGCUGCUCGGGCUGCUGGUGGCCAUCAUCCUGGCCCAACUGCAGAAAACGCCGCCAUCCAAGGCCAUUCAUAGUCCUCUGCCCACACAAGGCCUCAAGACCACCACUAGGACUCCCCUCACCACCACGACCACCUCUCAUGCAACUGGGACCCCUCACCGGAAGCAGGAGGCAGACAUGAGCCCUACCUCCCAAUCCACCUGCGGGGGAUUCCUCCCUAGCCCCAUGGGCUUCUUCAGCAGUCCUAACUACCCAGACCCUUACCCACCCAACAUGCACUGCGUGUGGCACAUCCAGGUAGAAGCAGGCCACACGGUACAGCUCAAGAUCGACACUCUAAACAUGGAGAGUGUGGCUUCCUGUUUUUUCGAUCGCUUGGAGAUCUCCCCUGAGUCCGAAGGGCCCCUCCUCAGGGUCUGUGGGAAGGUGCCUCCCCCGACAUUCAACACCAAUGCCAGCCGCCUGCGUAUAGCCUUCGUCUCCGACAGCAGCGUGGAAGGACACGGUUUCCAUGCCUGGUACCAGGCUGUGGCCCUGGGACAGUGGAGCUGUGCCCCUGAUGAGUUCACCUGCGACCAGCUCCUCUGCCUACUCCCCAGCUCAGUGUGCGAUGGCUUUACCAACUGUGCCGACGGCAGCGACGAAGCCAACUGCAGCAUCAGGCUCCCAGGGUGUGGGGGGAAUUUGACUGGGCUCUGGGGCACCUUCUCGACUCCCAGUCACCUGCAGCUGUACCCCCACCCCCAGCUUUGCACGUGGCAUGUCUCUGUGCCUACUGGACACGGCAUACAACUGCAGUUCCACAACUUCAGCCUAGAGGCGCAGGACGAGUGCAAGCUUGACUACGUGGAAGUGUACGAGGCCAGAAACUCCAGGACCCUCAGCCUCCUGGGCAGGUUCUGUGGAGCAGAGACGCCCCCUCGUCUCAUUUCCUCUCACCAUGCACUGGCUGUGCUCUUCAGGACAGAUCAUGGUGGCAUCAACAGCGGCAGCUUCUCAGCCACCUUCCAGGCUCUUAAUACCACAGAGAACCACUGUGGGCCCAGAGAGUUCUCUUGCCAGGAUGGAAGGUGUAAGGAUCUACAGUGGCUGUGUGACAUGUGGAGAGACUGUGCAGAGGGCAGCGACAACUGCAGUCACCCCUGGUUCCCACGCCUAGAGCUGGCCUGCGAGCCUGUCCAGGUGGAAAUGUGCAUCGGCCUGAGCUACAACACCACGGCCUUCCCUAACAUCUGGGUGGGCAUGGCCACUCAGGAGGAGGUAGUGGAGGUCCUCAGAGGCUACAAGAGCCUGACAAGCCUGCCCUGCUACCAGAACUUCCGGAGGCUCCUCUGUGGGCUCCUUGUGCCUCACUGCACCCCGCUGGGCAGUGUCCUUCUUCCCUGCCGCUCUGUCUGCCAGGAAGCAGAGCACCAAUGCCAGUCUGGCCUGGCACUACUGGGCACCCCCUGGCCCUUCAACUGCAACAGACUGCCUGAAGCAGCUGGCCAGGAGGCAUGUGUCCAGCCCUGA